GCGGGUAUCACCCGACCUGAUAUGUGAUGCGGCGUGUAAUACUCGAUUCGGGGUAGUGUGGGGCGGGGCAUGGGUACCUACUAUCUAUUUUCCGACCUGUCGUUUCCCGUCCCGUUCUUGACUCAUUCUAUCUCACCCGACUCGGGGUAGUGUGGGGCGAAGCAUGGGUAUCUACUAUCUAUUUUCCGACCCGCCGUGUCCCGUCCCAUUCUUGACUCAUUCUAUCUCAAUUUCUUACAGUAUCUAUACAUAUUUCUCCGAUUUUGACUUUUCUUCAACUAGUUAGAGUUGAUCUAUCAACUUGUUAGACUCAUUUACCCAUCCAAUUAUCAUUAUUUUUCAUACAUAAAGUGUUUUCACAUUAGAUUUAUCAUAAAAAGUAAAAUUUGCGUCUAUUUUUUUAAAUAACAUGUAAGAGUGGGUCAUCCCGCACCGUACCCCGUCCUGCCCCAUUGCCAUCACUAAUAUAUAUGAUAUUCUAAAGUUUUCAAAAUAUUUCAAAUGUGUAUUUACAGUAGCUAAAUUAAUUGUUAAAAUUUAAUUGAAAUAAUCAAAAUGUGAAAAUCAAAAUAUGAAACACCAAAGAAAUACUUAUGAAAUAGUUAGUGGGCUAGUUAACCAUAGUGAAAAAGUCAUGUUUUUAAGACUUUAGGUUUGUGAUUCAUACGUUUUUAGUUUAAAAAGAUAAUAAAAAUUUUGUAGUGUAAUUGUUAAUGAUUCAUAUUAUUGUUUAAAGAGACCAUUGUUCAAAUAUUAGGAACAAUGUAUUUUUUUCCUAUGAGUAAGACAAAUCUAUACUUUUUACUUUUACUCUGAUCUAGUUGAAAGAAAUUUGAAAUGAUAAAAAACUCCUAUGAACUCUAGUAUUAUAUAUUUGUGGAUAUUAGAUGUUGACGAAAUGAUGGAGUUGUUAUACGAUUUUGCUUUUGAAAUUUUGAUAACCACUUAUAUUAAUAGCUAUGAUUUAUAGUAGAGUUAUGUAUUUUUGGAACUCUCAAUAUGAAUUGUUGCAGCAACUAUUUGUUCUUGGCAUAAAAAUGUGUUCUGAUCUAUAAUCACUUUUAUGUCUAAGAGCUAAAUCCACGUAUAAGUGAUGACGUGUCGAGUUAUUUUGACAAACUGAAUAUUGAUUUGAUCGUGUUUUUAAAUUCUGGAAAUCUCUAGUAUUGAUUGUUUGAUGUAAGUAUACGUUAUGAUGGAUCGAGUUUUCAAGACGAAUAGUCACAUGGUUGUGUUUUCAAAUUUUAGUAACCCCUACCUUUAACAAAUUGAUUUUCUUUUAAAUUAUGAUGGAUUUCUGUAAAUUGAAUUCAUUUGAUGAGAUAAAUAAGAAAAAGGCAUACAAUGUAAUUCCUUGUCCUACCAUAUGUGAGUAUAUUGGUUCUUGAUAAUAUAUGCUCUUGUAUUCAACUUUUGAUAGCUACUAAAUAUUAAUGGAUUAGUUUAACUUCAAGUUCACUAAUGCAAAUUGUUUUUUUUAUUGAAGUAAUACACUGUCACCUUUUUCAACAAUACAAAGUGUUAUGUUACCAUGGAAAUUAUUAUGACAAAAAAAAAAAAAAAACAACCUGCAACAAUUGGCAACACAAUCUUUUUUACAGUUCCACUGAUUCCUUGACUGAUUCCUUGUUUGCUCUUAUAUCUGUUCUUCUUCAGGAGGCAUGAAAUAGUGUAUCCACCAGGGAAGCUAGAGAAGCCAUAUGAAAAGCUUCUCCGAGCCGAUCAAAGGCUCUUUCAACUAAGCCGCAACCCAUUCCCCAGUCUCCAAGAUCCUUGCUUUCCACCUCUGCCUGACUUCUGUCCCGGUUUCAACCCGACCCUCAACCCGGUUCUGUACCCAAACCCUCAGCAGCACUUCUCCCAGUUUUCCUCUCCAUCCCCAAUUUCAGGUAUUAACAAAUAACAAUGUAGCAAAAGCUCCUUCCUUUUCUCCUUACCACUUUCUUCUAAGAUAACAUACUAUUCAUUUUCCCCCAUUUAGAUCUGCAAAUGACUAACAAUGCUGCAAUGUGGGUGAGAUGAUGCCAAAGCCCAACCCGAAUGUCGGGCUGGUUGCCGCCAUGGGGGGCCAGUACUUGGCACCAGAGAGAAUAUAUUAUGAUUCCAGCUCAGGAGCUUCUUUAUCAGAUGGGCAUAUCAACAGCAACAACCUGUUUGAUACUGAAAUGAGCAGCAAUCAAUUCAGUGGGUCGGUAUCGGACGGGUCACCUUCUUCAGUUGAUAAGAAUUUCCUGAUGAUGCAAAGAUUGGAAAUCCUGGGGAAUCUGGAGACUGGUCUUGAUGCUGACCUGGCGAUUCGUCGCAACGAGAUGUUCGACAACCAGCAGCAGCAGGGUUUUGUUCCAGAUCCGGCUGCUGCUGGUUUGAUUACAAGUGGGGAAAUGUAUGCGCAGCAGCAGCAGCAUCAGCAUCAGCAUCAGCAGGUUUUGGUUCCGGAUCGUGCUUCUACUGGUAUGAUUAUGAGUGGUGGGCAAAUGUAUCAGCAGCAGCCAUCAGGGUUUUAUGGGUAUCCCUACCCUGUUGGAGGGAUUGCUGGUGCUGGGAUGGUGCAUUUCGACUUCUAAGAAUGGAUCUCGACCCGGCACAACAGUUUUAGGUAAAAGAAAGUUUUGAGAGUAGGGGUAGGUUCUGAAAAUUCUGCACAUAGCUUGCAGAAGCUUAUUUUUUUCCCCAUUGUUAGGCCAAUUUUGGUAUGAGACUUUCAGCCUUGGUUUUUCUUAGGUGUAGUAGGGGUUUAGGGAAAAGAUUGGAACUUUACUAGGUUUUGCGCUUAGUUGGGGGCUGGGGGAAUUGAUGAAUAAGGGAUCUUCAGAGAUUCUCAUGUUUUGUAUCAUGGAGAGUGAAGUGAGCAGAUCUCUCGAAUCUGAUGCAGAAACUGAAACACAGCAGAAUAAAUGGAAUUUCUUGUCAAGUUUUGUUACGGCAAAGGAAGGAUAUAGUACCAUAAUCGUAGUAAUAAUUUUGAGUUAUUGCGAUAAAUUGAUAUUCUAUAC